GCCACAAAGAAUCAAAAGCCAAACGGAUCCUUUUUCUUUGAAAGUAUAUUUUUAUGAAGAGUUUGAUCCGAAAUCUUCAUCAUUUGAUGUUGUUCUUUGUAAAUCAAUUAUUUUAUAAAAUUAAAAAACGCAGAAUUAUGAUUCGUUGUCAUCGAAGAAUCGCACUAGAAAAUGGCUUCUAUCCAAACGGGUCCCAUAAUCUCGCACUUUUUGCCUGGCCUUUACCCUUUUGUAGAUUUUAAGGCGAUUGUCUCAUGAGGAAUCCCUAAUGUAAGUGACAACCAUUUGGCUCCGGACACAUCUUCCUUUAUUUCCCUUCUCGAAUCUCUCUCUAUUGCAUUCGCUAUAUUGUCACUCAAUCCUCACACAAUUGUGUUCGUUUGUGUUGUUUGUGGAUUUGAUCAACUUUGGUGAAAAUCAGGCUGUUUUCCCUACUGGGUCUGCGAGAUCUCGAGCUUUUGCAAUUCGGUUCUGAUUUUGAAGGCUUGGUUCGGCCUGGGAUGUGAUUAAUCUCUCCCUCAACGGUAAAGAACUGGAUUUUACUUUCUGGGUGUUUUACUUAAGAGUAUUUGUUUGUUCCUAGUGAGGCGAAGCUGUUAGUCUUCAAUGGAAGGAGCGAUUUUAGUGGUUUCUCUUGUGGGUUUGUAAUGGGAUCUUUUGAUUGCUUUCCAGCCGAAGUAAAUUUUUGUAGUUGGAGAUUGUGUUCGUGUUGAAUUUUGGUUUAGAGAGCGAAAAAAGGAGAUGAAGAGAGGUAAAGAUGAUGAGAAGAUUAUGGGGCCUAUGUUCCCAAGACUUCACGUGAAUGAUAAAGAUAAAGGAGGACCCAGAGCACCUCCAAGGAACAAGAUGGCACUCUAUGAGCAGCUCAGUAUUCCUUCUCAGAGGUUCAAUCCGAGCAUCUUGCCUCUUAACCCAAGUAACACGAGCAACUCAGUUCCUCCUGGGUCUUCUAGCCAGGGUGGUGGCCAGGAAAGAAAUUUGCCUUUCCCAUUUCAUGUCCACCCAUCGAUGCCAAAGAAUAUGGCCGAUAAGUUUCGGCCUUACCAGAUUGAUGGAGGCAAUUUGAAAACUCCGACAUCCCAACUUGGGCAAAAAAAGAGGGCUGGUGAUGAAGAUGAUUUUAGGGUCCCUGUAUAUGUUAAUUCCGGGAUGGAUCAAUGCAAUAAUGAAACUCAGAACAGCUCUGAUAGGGAAAGACCCACUCCCUUCACAACAAGUCAUUCAGUGAAAUUCCAAAAUGUUUGUGUUAAGGAUCCAAAAAGAGUUAACGUAGCAUGUCCAAGUUUGAGACAAGAGGUUAAAAACCACAGCGAUCAGAACCCUGAAGUGUGUGUCUCAAGUAGGGAUCAUUCAGUAAAAUCUGCCACAAAUUUACCGAUUAGAAAAAAGGCUGAUGGAAAUGUGUAUAAAGCAAAUUUAUCUCCAAAUCAAGAGUAUCCAGACCACCGUUUGGCUAACUUCGGCAGAUAUGUUGCUAAUGGAGAUUGUUUACAAGGAGAGUCUAGAGCUGUAUUGCAGCGGCAUGACAGUGGACAUAGUGAUGAGGUUAUUGAGAGUGCAAGAUACUUGGAGCGUGCUGAUGUUUCCCAACCAAGAAGCAGAUUUCAUUCGAGGGAGGAAUCUGGAAGUCCUAGUGAAUCUCAUGGAGACAGAGCACGUGGACUGCCACAACCGAGAAACGAAGAUAAAAGUGAUGAUGCCUCUGAAACAUCUAUGGUGGAUUCUAUGUCAGGCUUGGAUAUCUCUCCUGAUGAUGUUGUGGGAAUAAUUGGUCAGAAACACUUCUGGAAAGCAAGAAGAGCAAUUGUCAAUCAACAAAGGGUGUUCGCUGUUCAAGUGUUUGAGUUGCAUAGACUGAUAAAGGUUCAACGAUUAAUCGCUGCAUCACCAGAUUUUUUAUCCGAUGGAACUUAUCUUGUGAAACCUUCUAUGAAGUCCUAUCCUGCAGCAAAAGUUCCGAUAGAGUAUGUUGUUACACCAUCACCACAUGUUCAGAGCAAGGAUGAUAUCGAGAAGCCAAACCAUAACAUGGAACGCUCUGCGGAAACCGCAGUUGUAGAGACAUCCAUCUCUCCUGGGAAAAUUGGGAGUCAACCUUUGAAUUUUGGUCCACCACAGGUACCUGUAGCCACCGAUACCAAAAUGGCUCCUUGGUGUUUCCAUUCAUCUCCUGGGCAUCAAUGGUUAGUUCCUGUGAUGUCGCCUUCAGAAGGACUGAUCUACAAACCAUAUCCUGCACCUGGAUUCGUGGGAAAUGCUUGUGGUGGAUAUGGUCCUUUUGGUCCUACUCCUUUACCUGGUAACUUUUUGAAUCCCUCAUAUAGUAUUCCGACCUCUAAUCAUAACCAUCAAGGGUUUGGGGUUCUGCCAGGCGUCCCUACAGUUGGUCAGAAUUUCUUCCCUCCAUAUGGUAUGCCAUUCAUGAAUACAGCCAUCUCUAGCUCAGCUGUCGAACAAACGAACUGGUUUGUAGGACCUGGUUCACAUGGUCAAACUAGUCACUUGUCUGAAACCCCAGCUAGUUUCAACACAGAACAUCAGAACUCUUGCAGUGUGCCGACCCAGAAGAGUGGAGCACUUCCACAAGUUACAAAGUUCCAGGCAUCUAGAGAGUCUGAGGUACAAGGAAGUACACCAAAUAGUCCCAUUGAAAAAGGAGAUGGAACUGCUCAAAGAAAUGGUGCUCUUCCUCUUUUCCCUAUAGCAGGGGCCUCUCAGCCUCAUGGCACAGACCAGCCAAGAAGAGUAAUAAAAGUUACACCUCACAAUCGUAUAUCUGCCUCUGAAUCAGUAGCUCGAAUUUUUCAGUCUAUGCAAGAAGAGAGAAAACAACAUGAAUCCACUUAAAGUUUCGAUCGAUCACUGGUAUGUAAACUUGAACUUACAUGGGAUGAUGUGCUUGGUCUUCCUCUGUAUUUUAUUGUGGUGUGAUAUUUUUGUAACGUUUUUUCGUUCUUUCCUCUUGUCGACAUAGUUUACUCAUAUACAUAGAUAUGUCUCUGGAAGGUAACAGGAAGUCAGUGUGACAUGAAAUGCUGUCUAUGUUAUAGAUAAUGGGUGAACUUGUCACUGCAGCAGACCUUGGUUUAUAAGUUGUAUGGCACUUGUUUUUGCAUCAACUUCUUCUUUUCCGUUCU